UCUAUUUCAGGUGAGGAAAAAAUUUAUAACAGUGCUGAUAGCAUUGAUCCCUCUGAUACAUGUGCUGUGAACAAUGAAGCUCUUAGUGCUGAUUUUCUAAACACAAUUAAGGUUCCUGGUUUACCAAACCAUAGUCUUAGACUGAAGGUUGGUUGUCCUGUUAUGGUUCUGAGAAACAUAGCUCCUACUGAUGGCUUAAUGAAUGGGACGAGACUGCAGAUCACUCAGCUAAUGGAUUUUAUGGUUCAAGCUAGGAUUAUAACAGGAGAGAGGAUUGGGGAGAUAGUUGAUAUUCCUAGAUUGCUAAUAACCCCUUCUAACACCAGAUUGCCUUUCAAAAUGAGGAGAAGGCAACUGCCUCUUGUUGUGGCUUUUGCAAUCACAAUCAACAAAAGUCAAGGGCAAUCACUAUCUAAAGUAGGUCUUUAUCUACCAAGACCUGUCUUUUCACAUGGUCAGUUAUAUGUUGCUGUUUCUAGAGUGACUUCCAAAAAGGGAUUGAAAAUUCUGAUUUUAGACGAAGAUGGCAAACCACAGAAACAAACUAAGAAUGUUGUUUUCAAAGAAGUUUUCGACAACCUUUAAUAGCUGAGGUAACAUAAUUUGUCUAUUUAGAAGUUUUUUUUUAUUUUCAGUAUAUGUUUUGGUGCAUAAUUCUCACAUUUUGUUUAUUCUGAAAGAAAGUACAGACAAAUACUAAAAUGAUUUUCUUAUUUUGAUCGUUGCAGGUGUCGCAUGUUAUAUGUGGUGGAUGAAUGCUUGCUGGUUCACUAAGUUUUAUUUUUGUUAUGCAAACAACAUUUCUUUGUUUUACCAAGUCGCUUCAUAACAAUAAGACUGUUAUAUUUUUCAUUUAGACAAACGCAUGCAUUAUAUUUGGUCGUUUUUAACCAUAUCUAAAUGAAGCUGUUGUUAUCUAAGACAAAUAUCAAUGAGGCAUUUCUUCCUCAAACAUCUUAACUAAAACCAGGGUUCCCUAAUCUAAAAACCAAUAUCUAUACUCUCCUAUUUGUUUCACCUUACGAAAUAGCUAGAGUAGAUCAGUAAUUACUAACCUCAUUAUAACUCUGUUGUCCUGUAAUCAUUGUAGUCUGCUUUUGCAUCUUCAUAACUGGUACUCGGUUCUCUCCAGGAAACUUCAGUGUCCAUUUUCUGGCAAAUACAAAGUUAAUCCUACCAAGAAAGAUUUUGUAAUAGCAGUUUAAGUUAGUAACAUGAACAUACGUUCCUAUCAGCAUUAAAAUGUCUGAUGUUUUUAAUGAACUGUGAGCAUAAAUUUUAUACAUGUUAUUCAUAUUUUCAGUGAAUCAAGAAUACAGAAGAAAGCAAUUUAAUCUAAAUAUGCCAUCACAGAGGAAAGGAAAGACGUUAUUCUAGCCUUGCACUUAUUCUAUACUGUCCUAUUUUAUCCAACUUACGAAAUAGGUACGUUAGAUCAGUUAUCAACAUAUUUUGUAGAACACCGGCGCGUUAUUAUCCAUGACAUUGCUUUCAUCCUAUGAAUUAGUUAUGAUAGAGAAGUAAUUACUAACCAUAUUCUCAGGUGUGUGUUCCUCGGGUUGUUGUCUUCCAUUAUAUUUGGAUUACUGAAACUUGGUUCUCACAACGUCCAAAUCAAACAUGCGUCACAUUUAAAAUGACAUAAUAUCAGCUAUCAAACGAUUGACAGAUGUUAUGUUAUAUAAGAUCGUGAAGGAAAAAAUAACCAGGUUUGAAUCACUCAGACAAGUAAAAACCAAACAUUUAUACUUAAGCCAGCGUUCUUUCAUAAUCACAACAUAUUCAAGAUGGUCCUACAUUGCUUGGUACUUAUGAAUUAGUUGUGAUAGCUAAGAAAUAUUAACCGUAUUCGAAGUCUUUUGUUCGCCAAGGUUGCUGGCUUACUUUGCAUCUGGAUUACUAGAAAUUGCUUCACACAACGUCCAACUCAAACAUGCGUCACAAUUAAAAAGGAUAAUAUCAGAAUUGACACAAUUGUAUAAAAAUAGAUACAGAAAUUUUAAAAACUGUUGAUUUUGACUUUACGACCUUAUGUCUCUAAAGACGAAGGUUAAUUGCCGGCAUACUCAUUGAGACUAGAGAUCUAUCAUUCCAUAAGAGAAACAAUCAAAAAAUUUAGGGAAGAAAACUAUUCAUUGAAUCUUAAUCAAAAUAAUCGAUUAUGAAUCUAACCUUUGAUAAAGUAGAUCGAUUGACUUAACAAAUAGAGUGACCAAAGUUAAUAAACAUCUGUUCAUUGGAACAAAGAUAUAUGAGUUGUUGACGAAGUGAUCAAGUACUGUAACGAAGCAUUCCGUGGACAAAGCAGAGCUUAUAGUGAGUCUUGACAGGUCUUCAUGAUUAAACCGGGACCGUGCUAUAUCUAUCCGACAGAAAGCUCUUCGUAUGACCCCUUCAGUUGAUUUAAAAAACCAUCAUAACACAGAAUCUAGAACAACAAAUCAAGAUAAGCUCGGUCCCGGUUAUCUCUGAUAAAUAAUUUCAACCUAAACCUCCAAAAAUCAUACCUGUUUGCAAAAUCUGUUGUACUUCUCAAUGGAUCUAACCAUCUUUCCUCUUUUGAGAGAGAAAUUCAACCCCCUGAGAUGGAACUUAUCGCCAGAAAGCGGACGGCACCGACAGAGAGAUCUACAAGAACGGAAACCAAGAAGUCGUACAAAGAAAACUGUUUCUGUUUCUUUUCCCGGAAAAAAAAUAAUUUGGGCUUCGAUUAAUAUUUUAAGCCCACUAAUUUGAAGUCAAAAAUAAAUUGCCUAUUUCAAUUCAUCUAAAUGGGCUUUGUAUAUAUAAUUGUGCACCAGAAUACUUUUUGAGAAUGUUUUUUGGGUAUGAUUUUCCAUAAUUUGUAAUUUUUGCUGUAAAUUUUUGUUUAAAAAAAUUUAAAUCAAAUGUAAUUUUUAAAAUAAUUUAUCACACAAAUUUAAUAGUAUAAUUUAAUAAAACACACUCAAUCUAAACAAAAUACUCUAAUAUUUUAGAUUUAAUUGUUUAAUGUAAUAUUUAAGUUUGGACUAAAGAUCUAAAUUGUUUAAUUUACUCUAAGAUCAAAAUUAAUCAAGUUAAUUUUUUAAUUUACAAAGUAAAAGUACAAAAAGUACAAAUGAAAAAGAAUGCAACUAAAAUUUAAAAAUUCGACACUUAGCAAAAUGACCAAGAUACACAAUAUAUCAUAACUCAAUAACCUAUGAAACAUUAACCUACAGUCUACAACUAACAAAAAUAUUAAAUUCUACAAAAUAUAUAUCCGCGCGGGCGCGCGGAUCAAAAGCUAGUAUAAGCUUACAAUAAGCGCUACUAUCAAUACUAGAGUCUUUCUCCGCGCGAUGCGCGGAAAAGUAUGUUGAUACUCGAUUUUUGAUUAUAAGUUCGAAUGUUUUUGUUUGGAAUGGAAGCAUUGUAUUUUUCAAAAUAUUUUGAAAAUUGGUGAAUAUCGAGUUUAUGCAAUUGUUUUAAAAAAAAGAGUAGCUAAGUAAUCAUAAAUAAUGUAAGAAAGAGAUCAAGUCUUUUGAAAAUCAGAAGCUGCGCUAUGGACCAUAAGAAAAAAAUAACCUGAACUUGGUUAAAAAUAAGUUAGUAAACUUAAAUUUAAGUAAAUACCAAGCUAUGGUUAUUUAUAUAAAAAGAUCCAUACCUGGCAUAGCUUGGUAAAAAUUCUGUGUAAGUCCUUCUUUAU